GUCCAUUCUCCUUCCCUAUUUAACCUCAUCAUCUCUCUCUCUCUCCCCUUCGCAGACCUCACCUCUACGCCUAACAUCAUCAUUAUCAACCAGCCCAACGUUCUCUCUCUCUCUCUCUCUUUUCUUUCUGAAGGAGAUACAAAAGGAGAAAAGGUAGUGGGCUGCUCCCAUUUCAAAGGGGAAAGACAACGCAUAUACCUUCUUCAGCUUUAUCUUUCUCCCCUUCCUCUCUUCCUGCCCUGAAGGGUGCUCAGGUUGGUGGCUGUAGCUGAGAUGCAGAAAGUUUGUUGGCCUUACUUUGAUCCUGACUUCGAAAACCUCCGUGAGAGGAUAUACGGCCCGACCUGCAGAGUUAGCAUUGAUAAUGAAAGCAUGGAAGAUUGCACGGUGAUUAAGGUCGACAGCGUGAACAAGCAAGGGCUGCUCCUGGAAGUUGUCCAAGUGUUGACGGACAUGAACCUGUCCAUCUCCAAGAGCUACAUUUCUUCUGAUGGGGGAUGGUUCAUGGAUGUUUUUCACGUUAAAGAUGAGCAUGGAAACAAAAUUGGAGACCAGAGAGUGAUCGACUAUAUUCAGCAGGCCAUUGACACAACAAAGGAAACUCUAAGCUCAUCAUCACCGUCGUCACCGAAAGCCAAGGCCAAAGUAUAUACCAACAGCACUCUUCUGUUGUCCGAACAUUACAAUGAGCACACAGCUAUCGAGAUGACUGGGACAGAUCGGCCGGGACUGUUCUCAGAGAUCUCGGCCACUCUAGCCGACCUCCACUGCAACAUUGUCGAAGCUCACGCAUGGAGCCACAACACCCGCCUUGCUUGUGUUGCCUACAUUUCUGAUCAGCGCACCAAUACCCCAAUUGAAGACCGGAGUCGGCUCGCCACCAUUGCAGACCACCUCACCAUGGUGCUCCGAGCAAAAUCCACAUCCGGAUCUCCGAGGGCAACUGUGCCAAACCAACAAGAAGUGAAGGCUUCUGAUCUUCAAGGAGGGGAAGGUAUGACGACGAAUGUUGAGCGGCGGUUGCAUCAGCUUAUGCUCUCUGUGAGGGACUUUGACGAGCCCGCUUCCGAGUCUUCAAGCCCGAUAGUGAUGCCGAUGGGAUUGGGACCGGAUAGAAAUGGGCAAAAUUUGAGGAUUUCGAUCGAAGAAUGGAAUGAAAAGGGAUAUUCAGUAGUGAACAUCAAGUGCAAGGAUCGACGCAGGCUCAUGUUCGACACCGUAUGCACACUUACAGACAUGCAGUAUGUUAUAUUUCAUGCAUCAGCGUUUGCUCGGGGAGGUUAUGCAUAUCAGGAGUAUUUCAUCCGGCAUGUAGAUGGUUGUGCAUUGAGCACAGAGGGUGAGAAAGACCGCGUCAUGAAGUGCUUGGAGGCUGCUAUUGAGCGGCGAGUUUGUGAGGGCUUCAAGCUAGAAUUAUGUGCGAACAACAGAAUCGGGUUGCUCUCCGACAUAACAAGGGUGCUCCGCGAGAACGGACUAGCUGUGGUCCGAGCAGACGUGGAAACACAGGGGGAGAAGGCGGUGAAUGCGUUCUACUUGAAGGACACUUCGGGGAAUGAAGUGGACAUGGAGUUCGUGGAGCGCAUAAAGAGAGAGAUGGGCCCUAUAAACCUUGCCGUGCAGACCGAGACCAAGAGACACGGCUUGGCCGAGAAGCCGAACACACCUUUCUCAUCCCUCGGAGGAUUUUUGAAAUCUCAGAUCGAACGGCUCUCCCAUAACUCCAUCGCCAUCGAGUGAAUACGAAAUAUCAAACGCAACUACUCGCACUUCUCUCUAGGCUGUUCCACAGUAUAUUAAUCUCGGGAAGCUGUACAUGAGAGAAGGGCGGAGACGCAAGCAGAGCGCGCGAAAGAGAGAGAUUGCACCAUGUGUGAGAGGGCAAAGGGCAGAUCGACAAACAGAAAGGGAAGAAAUGAAGUGCUACAAGAUGAUUCUUUUCAGGCAUACGUAAAUAAAGGAGAAUUUGACAUGGUAGAGUUGUAGGAACAGUGCUGGAGAAGGCUUUUACUUUUGCUGAACAUAUUGUACAUGAAUAAUCAAUGAUCUUGUUUACCUCAGAUUGUGAAUAAAUAAUGGAAGUCGUGAUCGCAAAGUUUGGUAGUAA